AUGGUUAUCAAAGAAAACAGGCAUUAUAUGCUUCAAAUCCCUGAACUCUCUUUAAGUCUUCCAAUUAUAUACUCCGGUAGCGGCCUGGUUGAGCCUAACCGAAGAUGUCAUUUCCCAUCCAAUCCAAUUUCCCAUCCGAGCCUCAUGAUAACAUCCUCUAUGCCACCUCCCCCGGGGUUUGCAAUCCCACCAACCUAUUUCGGUCAAGUUCCAAUAAUAGCACAACCGCAGCCUCAUGCCGGGAGUUUGGUGGCCGGCCCGCCGCCGCCGCAGCCACUUCAGCAAAUCCAGGGACUGCCUCAACCCAUCCCCUCGGCGUUACAACAGUGGAUCUCCCAAACUAUUCAGAAAGAAGUUCAACAGCAGCUCAGCCUGCUCAUUCAGGGAGCCCAGGGAGCUCAGGUGGCAAUCCUACAGAGGAGAAUCUAUGAGUUGGAGCAAGAAGUGAAGCGUCUUGGACAGGAAAAGGAGUGA